CUUCAUAAUCACAGCACACAAUUUGAGAAUCUCUAAUUUUUACAAUCUUCAAAGCACCAAUAUGAAGGUAUUUUAUGUUUAUUAAGUUGACUGGAUUGUCCUUACGCUUGAUUGAAAGAGACCAGUUCGCUUCGAUUACAAGUUUUUGUGGCUCGUUUGUCCGCUUUAUUAUUCACUGAUUGAUUGCCUAGACGAAGACUAGAUUCAGUUCAGAUCUCUCAAGACAAUAAGAAUGAAGAAAAUAGUGUUCAAAUUGGAUCCACGGGAUGACAAAAUCAAAGAAAAAGCCCUAAAGACAGUCUCUGGCCUUCCAGGGGUUGAAUCAAUCGCAAUGGACAUGAAUGACAGGACAUUGACAGUAAUUGGAGACAUUGAUCCAUUAAGUACAGUGCAAAAAUUGAGAAAGCUAUGUUUCACGGAGAUAGUAUUAGUUGGACCAGCAAAAGAACCAAAGGAGAAGAAGGAAGAGACCAAGAAAUUUGGUGAGCUUAUUGCUGGUGAAGAUGAAAGAAUUACUGUGACUUAUGAGAAAACAGUGUCGAAAUUGGAACUACACGAUGACAAAAUCGAGAACAAAGCCAGAGAGACAGUGUUGAAAGUGGAACUACACGAUGACAAAAUCGAGAAAAAAGCCAUGAUGACAGUCUUUGGCGUUUCAGGGUUUGUAUCAGUCAAAAUGGACAUCGACAAGAAAUUGACAAUAAUUGGAGACAUUGAUCUAGAAAGUACAGUGAGAAAACUAAGAAAGCUAUGUGAGGCAGAGAUACUAUCGUUUGGACCAGCAAAAGAACCAGAGAAGAAGAAGGAAGAGCCCAAGAAAGAAGAGCCAAAGAAGGCAGAUGAUAAUAAGAAAAAAGAUGAGCCGAAAAAAGACGAGGUAGCCGAGCUCAUCAAUCCUUUUCUUUGUUCGACAGGGCUUCAUGAAAAGGGUCUGGGGCUUAUAGCAUCAGAAUCUGUGGGGAUGACUUCAACCUCUGGAAGUAAAGAUGAGUCAACUUCUGCUAUUUCAGGUCACUUUGAGGUUCAAAGUCAGAGAGUACAGGAUGCUGAUACAACAUCUGUGGCACUGAAAGCUGUGCUGAUGGCUUCAACUUCUGGAAGUAAAGAUGAGUCAACUUCUGCUAUGUCGGGUCACUUUGAGGUUCAGAGUGAGAGAGCACAGGGUGUAGAUACAACAUCUCUGGCACCAGAAGAUGGGAUGAUGACUUCAACUUCUGGAAGUAAAGAUGAGCCUACUGUUGCCGUGUCAGGUCACUUUGAGGUUCACGGUGAGAGAGUAAAAGCUUCAGAUACAUCUCUGUCAUCUGGUUAUUCUCCUGCAUCAAGCUCAGAGAUCGUGGAAGAAGAUGUGGUGCCAUUUUCCUCCACAAAUAAGUACGCCACCAGCCCAUGAAUCUGAAAUUCAGAUUGUAUCUAUGGAAGCAAGAG